AUGGACAUAUUCAACCGUAGUCCAUCUAUCAGCGACGACACUCUUCGUUACUCUCUUCACUUUCCAACCUCAAAGUCUACAGAAAGCGAGCUCAGCACUCUCACAGCCCUUAUACUGGAACAUGUCGACCGCUUACUCCCACCAGACUUUCUCUGGCACCGCGACGCCUUCGAGCUCCGUCUCGCAGGUACACAAGCAAAGGGAAAGGGGAAAACUCGAGAAGGAGAUGUGAAAGAAGGAGACGCCUGGUUGGAAGGGACCAUGCGUGUCGGGGACGCGGUGGACGACGAGUGGGCCGUCGUGUGGCUUCUGAGGGAGGUCAGUACCGCUUGGGACUGUAUAAUCAGUGUGAUGGACUCGGACGGCCAAUUCCUGCUCAUCGAGGCUGCUGACUCUCUCCCGGGGUGGGUGACGCCCUCUAAUAGCGAGAACCGUGUGUGGAUCUACCGCUCUCAGCUGCAUCUGGUUCCCUUGUCUUAUGUAUCUCCGGCAUCUUCUCGUUCGGCAAGGAGCCGCUUAGAUGCUGGAAGUGACGACGAGCUCGAUCUCGAGGAUGCAGAUACUUGGAUUUCCGUGCCCGACGCGCUCCGGUUGGUGAGGGACGACAACGUGCCCACGCUCGCUCCGCCCAGCGUACAAAAUGCUCUCCAGUCCCGUCUAGCGCGCUAUCCCUCCGCACUCGCACACCACACACACCACGCAUUCGCCUUCCUACCUGUCCCCAUCGCUCAAGCUUUAUCCCGUUCCCCCUCGCUCAUCCAACGCGCCUCCGAAGCCUUCUACACGCGUGACGCGCUCCAACUCCGCUCAGCGCACAAGAUGUCCCGCUUUCCUCCCUCUCCCUCCCUACUCUCCAAAGUGAGCAUGACCCGGGUCGCCUACGCCCAACUGCGUGGUCAGCGCUGGACGCCUCCUCGGGUUUUCGGCCCUUCCCCCAAAGGGGCAAGAGAACGCCACUGGUGGGAACUAGGCGCUAUGCUCUCCGCGGGGUUCGAGAUGCUCUACCAAGAAACUCGGGCUCGGCAGGCGCUGUCUGGGCAGUCGAGGGAGGCGAAGCUGGAGGCUCUGCAGCGGGACACGGGGUGGGAGGGGUAUGUCCAGGGCUUGCAGAAGGCGGGAUUUUUUAGUCAGGAAGUCAGAGGUAGCCAGCUAUGGAAGGAGAAGGAAGAUAAGGCCGUGCAGGCGUAUGUCAGUGCUCGUGUUUCAGAGGACGCGACAAGGCCGUCAUUCGCUUCGCUUGUGGAGAACGCCCUGGUCCCUCCGUUACCGGAUGAAGACGCGAUUAGAGUCUCUCCCCAAUCGCAGGAGGACGACGACAGUUGGCUCUCAGUCAGGCCUCAGCAGCUCGGGUCCCUCCUGACCCAACUCCCGGGGAAUCCCGCUCCCUCAAGCAUGAGCCCACCGCGCUCUGAGCCGAAGAUCCACGAACUGAACGACGUGGAUAUGGAUGAGGAGGAAGAACGGCUUGCCCACAAGGAAGCCGAGAGGCUCAGGGACAUGGCGCGCAAGGUGGAGGGGUUUGUCCAGGGAGAGGGAGAAUUGGAAGGAGCGACAUUCCCCGACCUGAGAGUUUGUAGUGAUAUCCUGGACGACGACAUGCCGGACUCUGAUGACGAGUCGGAUGUGGAGAUGGAGCCUCCCCCGACGGAAGAACAGCUACAAAAAGCGAUGGACACGCUUGUCCGUCCUCUUGCAGCAGGAGAAUACGGCAAGAUGCCCGAAGACUGGAAUCAUGCCAAGAAUAUGACAGAUCCUGCGCUCGCUGAGACUGAAGCGAAGAUGUCUGCUCCCAAGCCGGGGGAAGGUGUCCCUGCUACUGGAAAGGGGAAAGGCAAGGAACUGGUACGGGACGAACCGCUCGAGCCGCUCGAUAUGACCCUUGGACAUCGGGCCCCGCUCUUCGAGCGCGAGACGUACGAAGGUCAUUCCUCUGAUUCGGACUUGGACCCUGCAGGCCAAGGGCUCUCAGACGAAGAGUCUGGGGAAGACGCGCCCCAGGUCGUGGAUGAGGAAGUGGAGGUAGAGCCGGAUAUGCAGGCUGAGGAAGAAGAGUUCUUGCAGUUUGCACGGAGGGAGUUGGGGAUUAACGAUGUUAGCUGGGGGGAGAUCGUCAGGCAGCGUGAGGGGGAGGGGAGGUUCGUACCCCGAUCUACGGGGACGAAGGAACAACCGCAAGAGAGGGAAACGUUUGGUCCGGAACUGCUCAAGCCGAAGACGAAGGGACAGCCGAAGAGGUCGGCAGGCGCGAAGGAUAAGGCCUCGGAGAAAGCCGUUCGGUGGACGGACGCGACCCCUGCGCCUAUGCCUGCGGAUCGCACGCCUAGACAGCGGAGAGAAGGUGGACCACGACCGAAGGCGAACCCGAUUCUAGACUCGUUUGAACGUGUUAUGGACGCUAUGGAAGCGGAGCUCGCUAAGGCCCGAGCGCAGGGGAAGGGGAAGUCAAAACCCGCUUCAAGGCCAAAUGCGGACGUGAAAGGAAAGGGCAAGGCGCGCCCUGAGCCGGAAGUUGAGAGCGACGAAGACGAAGACGCGAUGCUCCAAGCGAUGGAUGCUGAGCUGCGCUCUUCCCUUAAACAAGCCGAAGAGGAUACAGAUGCAGAUGAUGAGACCCCCAUGGACUACAACCUUAUCAAGAACUUCUUGGAGAGCUUCAAGAGUCAGGCAGGGCUUGCGGGACCUGUGUCAGGGAUGGUGGGGCGGCUGGAGAAGGGAUGGGUGUGGCCAAGAGAUGAGAAGGAGUAG